AUGAACGUGCCCGGGAAACGGGAUACCCAACGUAUCGAGCGACCCGCUGGUCUUUUCCUUCCCACUUCGUUGAAAUCUGGAAUCGCUUUGCUAUACAAUGAGGACACCAACAAUUCCUAUGACGUCUGCCUGAAACUGACUAAAGAGGUAUUAACCAUACAGACGCUGGAUGUGGUUUGCACAAGAGGAAGUAAAUCCCAAGUAAAUCACAGAACUGUAUUACUCCGAAGACAAGAAACAGGCGGUCUGGGCUUGAGCAUCAAAGGGGGUGCCGAGAAUAACGUGCCUGUGGUUAUUUCCAAGAUUUUUAAAGAUCAAGUGGCCGAUCAGACAGGGAAGUUGUUCGUCGGUGAUGCUGUGUUGCAGGUCAACGGCAUAAAUGUUGAGCAUUGUACUCAUGACCAAGUCGUUCACCUCUUACGCACCGCCGGAGAUGAAGUCAUCAUUACUGUACGCUAUCUGCGAGAAGUUCCGUCAUUUCUUAAACUGCCUCUAGGUUCGCCUGGCCCACCUGGUGAUCACAGUGUUGACUCCUCCUCCCUUUUCGACUGCAGCUCACAUUUCAAUGGUGGCACAGAUUCAUCACUUCCGUCACCCUCCGCUAAUGAACCAAAGUAUGAGAAGCGUUGGCUGGAUGCCAUUUCCUUGCCCUUGUUGAUGGCCAGAGUCUCCAGAUACAAAGCUGGCACGGAUAAAUUAAGGUCGAACUGUUUUGAAGUCUUUGCCUUGAAUGGAGCCAGUCCAAAUAUUCUUCAAUUUUGCAGUGCAGCAGAAACUGCAGACUGGCUCCAGGCAAUAUCAACAAAGAUUAGUAACUUGACCCUGGAGAAUAUUAAGCUGGCUAACAAGUACAGUUCUUCAGAUGAUCAGAUUAUUCAUAUGGGCUGGGCUUGUGAAAGCUCAGUAGGCAGAGCUGCUUCUCAAAAAGCAACUUUCAAAUUCCUGGCUCUAAGAGGACAAUAUUUUCAUAUCUUCAGGAGACCACCGCUAUGUGCUGCUGAAUGGGGUCAGGCAGAAACUACAUAUAACCUCUAUGAGGUUCUUUUCAAGGUUCACAAGCUGUGGAUGACAGAGGACUGUUGGCUUCAGGCAAGGCUCUACCUCGGUCUGGAGCAUUCACUUGAGCAGCAGGACAAUGAGUCUCUUUGCUUCAGCAUUCUCAUCGGGCAUGGACAGAGCCACACCUUCAGAGUAGAGCUGGCGUCUGACCUGGCUGUCUGGGAAAAGUCUUUUCAAAGAGCUGUCUUCUUGGAAGUGCAGCGAAUAAGAGCAAAAAGCUACAUGUGCUGCAACAACGGGAACACACUGUGCUUCACCAUAGAUUUUGAUUCAGGCCUGACGUGUUUGGAUUGCUCCUCUAAUAUGAUACUAUGGCGAUAUAAAUUCUCUCAGCUUAAAGGCUCCUCUGAUGACGGAAAAACCAGGGUAAAACUUCUUUUCAAGAAUGCUGAAAGCAAGCAAAUAGACAUGCAGGAACUAGAGUUUGCCAAUUUAACUGCGGUCCUCCACUGUAUACACUCUUUUAUUGCAGCCAAAGUGGCAUCCAUGGACCCUCACUUCACAUGCAAUCAAAGCUUUAGUGUAAAUUAUACAAACAUAUGA